AUGGCCUCUACUACUAUAAAAUUUACGGUCCCCAGCUCUAUAUCAAGAACUGCGCUACGAUAUAGCGCUGCCAGCCAAAUAACUACAAAUCAUUACAAGGUCGAGCGGAAUGUGCUACUAUCAAACAUCACCCCGUACGAUCCGCGCGCAAUCGUCCGAGUGCUCAUACCAAUCUCCAUAGCCGGGUGGCUGCUCUUUGGGGUCAUUUGCAUUCUGUGCAUCAACGGGCGGGGAAAGCUGGGGAGAUGGAUUCCGGAGUGGUAUCUGGACUCGGAGGGAACGCGGGGGGAUAAGGCAAUGGUGGUGCUGUGGUGGGUGGUGGUUGUGGUGUUUUGGCCAUUGAUACUGCCGGUUUUGUUUGUGAGGGGGGUGGUGUGUCUUGUGAAGCGAUGGACCGGGGGGAGGGAGGCGCAGCUGUUGUGGCCGAGGAAGAGCUUGGAAGAAGUAUGA